AUGUUUAUCAUUCAAUUAAAUUUAUCCAACAUUAGUAUUUAAGAUAUUUAUUUGGAUAUUUUUAACCUCUUACACUCAAAAUUGUAUUAAAUAGUAUUAUUUAUUUUUUUCUAACUUUAAAGACAUAAGAAUCUUCUUCAGAUCUUCUUUGUGUUUUGUUUGUCUAUUCAAUUUAAUGACUUGGCAUUAAAACCUCAUACAUUACACAAUAAUAAAUCAAUUAAAAUGCUUAUAGGAAACAUUAAAACUCCACUAUAAAUUAUAAAUGAAUCAACAUCUUUCUUUUGUACGAUUUAUCUAAUUAAUGAAGAUAAUAGUCUUUAAUUAUUUAAGGAUUAUAAGAAUUUUGUAAUCCAGAAGAUGAUUUCUCAAAUUUUUUCUAAAUUUCAUUCUAAAAAAAUUUGUCAAAUACUGUUUAUGUUAUUUGUAAAGAGAAACAUUACUUUUAAAAUAAUUAAUGCAUAUUAUCAAGUUUAAAAUUUAAUGUAUAAUAAUCUAUUUGUUUUGAAUACAAAGAAGGAUAUUUUAGUGAACUAAAUAAAGCACUUAUAAUACGAAUAAUGUUCAAAUAUACAUCUAACAUGUAAAUGGAGAAUAUAUAUAUUCCUUAAUCUCUAUAUUCUCUUUUAAGAUAGGAGCCAGUUGGAGAAAAUGUUUGAAAUUUGGAUUAAAUUGUUCUAUACGUUGAUAUUAUAAUAUUAGAAGAAUUACUUAAUUAAUGAAUUUUUCUAAAUGAAAGAUUCUCAAAAUAUAGAAUACUUUAGGUUAGAGAAGUUAUAAGUAAAAAUGCUAAAUUUGAAUUUAAUUAUUGUUACAAUGAGUCUAACUUAAUUUUUGAAAUCUCUGGGGAUAUUGAAUGUCCAAAUUACAUAUCAACACUUGAUCAUUAUAUUCAAAAUGUAUGCUUAUAUUGGCCAAGAAGAUUCAAGUGGACUUGGAUCUAUCUCUUUUUUUUUUGAAGAAUGUUCAUUAUGUCUUCAAAGAGAAUAGAAUGAAAUCAGAUCAAUUAACCCUAAUUUUUCCUGUCAAGAGUUUUCUUAUUCUUCAAAUCAAUAUUUAAAGGGAUAUAUGAGAAUAUUCAAUUAAUUAUGCUUGAUGUUAAAUGAAAUCAGAAAUUUCUCUAAAUUUACAUUUUGA